UUCACGAACGCAUCAGUAUAGUGACUGUAUUCACACCGGAGUAAAGUGAUUCGCUUGUUUCUGAAAUAAUUAAAAUUUUGUUUGGAAAUUCUAUCAACUCCAUCAUGGGCAAAAUAACUUUAUAUUAUGCAAUUGUAAGUCAACCAUCUCGAUCGGUUCUGCUAGUUGGCAAGGCCCUCGGCCUGGACUUUGAUUUGAAGAGUGUCAACCUAUUUAAUGCAGAACAUUUGACUCCAGAAUUUGUGAAGAUGAACCCACAACAUACAAUCCCGAUGAUAAACGAUAAUGGUGUCGUUGUAUACGACAGUCAUGCUAUUGCAGCUUAUUUAGCUGAUAAAUAUGGCAAAGAUGAUAAGCUUUAUCCACGGGAUUUAGCAAAACGAGCUGAAGUUAACGCACGACUACACUUCGAUACCGGUUUCCUAUUCGCACGCUUACGAUUCUUGUAUGAACCGAUAUUGUACUUUGGUAGCGGUGAAGUGCCACAAGAUAAGGUUGAAUAUCUGCAAAAAUGUUGGCCCCUUAUGGAAGCUUUCCUAGAGAAAACCAACUACGUUUGUGGCGAUGAAAUGACAAUCGCUGACUUGUGUUGUGUGGCAACAAUUUCAUCCGUGGGACACUAUGCUCCCAUUGACCCUGAAAAAUAUCCGAAAUUAUUGGCAUGGUUGAAGAGGAUGGCCGAAUUGCCAUACUACAAUGAAGCAAAUGGAAUUGGUGCAGAAAUGUUAAUUCAAUCCGUUGAUGAUUCUUUGGUCAAAAAUAAAGCAAAGUUGUGAUAGACACGAAUGAAA